AUGGGAGACCACGACAGAACCCAAGUAGCCUCCAAUGGAGCCGAGGACGAACACGCUGUACAGGCCCUUACCCUACAGGAAGAUGAGCAGGUCUCUGCGCCAACCAAACUCCGCCAAGUCAUGAUUGUUGCGGCCGGGUUCAUCACUAUGUUCAUGACCUGCGCAAUCAUCUUUGCCUACGGCGUGUAUCAAGCCAUCUACGAGGAGAUGGCAAAUCAGCCCAAUACCCCAUUCACAGGGACAUCCUCUUCUAUCAUCAGUCUGAUCGGCACGAUGUCUAUCGCGAUCAUGUCUAUGGGCGGGCCGUUUGCAAUGAACUGGGCGAAACUAUACGGUCCGCAACCCGUGAUCAUGUCCGGGGGUAUAGUCUUCGGCCUCGGAUGUAUUCUCGCCAGUCUGAGCGAGUAUGUCUGGGAAUUCGCCCUGACCCAGGGUCUCCUAGUUGGUAUAGGCACUUGCAUGGCGUAUGUGCCCACCAUGUCUGUCGCGCCGACAUGGUUUGACAAGCGCCGUGGCCUGGCCAUGGGUAUUGUGAUUUCGGGCUCUGCAUGUGGGGGUAUGGUUUGGCCGCCGGUUCUGCGGGCCAUUACGUCCCAUAUCGGAUUCCGCAACGCGCUGCGCAUCUCGGGCUGCCUGGUCAUUCUCUUUGUGCCUAUAGCCGGAUUCACUUUGCGCUGGGAACCAAGCUUCAAAGCUAAAGUGCGCGGUCAGAUAGUCGGCACCUCGAAGAGAUCCGGGUGGAUCAAAGUCCCCUUAGUGAACUGGCAAGUCGCUAAGUCUAAGAAAUUUGUUGCGCAGGCUUUGGGCUGCUUCUUGCAGUCAACGGGAUAUGCGACCCCGCUGUUCUUUUAUGCAGCAUUUGCCCGAUCCCUCGGCUAUAGCGAUACUAUGGCGGAUAAUUUCAUCACGAUAAGCAAUGCGUCGAAUUUUGUCUCUCGUAUUGUGAUUGGGUAUUGUGCCGACAAAUUUGGGCGACUGAAUGUGCUCUUCUUAACGACAAUUUUAAGUUCGGUUACUGUCUUCGCUUUCUGGCUCCCAUCUACCUUUGCCAGGACUGCCAUCUCUGGUACUGCGGGCGAUGUUUUGUUCAUCUUGUUUGCUAUAUUUUACGGGUGCUUUGGUAGCGCAUAUAUUUCACUGUUCCCAGCCAGUUUGAUCGAGCUUUUUGGCGUGCAGCAUUUUACUUCGGUAAACGGCGCACUUUACCUUAUUCGAGGAAUUGGCGCUUUUCUGGGAACUCCCUUGACUGGCUUGUUGCUGCCAGGCCAGUCGGCAUUAUCAGCUCCAUGGAAUUACGAAAGAGCAACUAUCACGGUUGGAGUCUUGCUGUUUGCUGCCAGUUUAGCAACCUUCUGGGUGAGGCUCGAGGGAGCUGCGGGGAAGCCCUGGACCUGGAAAUUGUAA